UCUACCUGCUCUUUCCCAAUCACACUCUCUCUCUUUCCCCUGCAGAUAUCACAAGCUGAAGCUGCUGCACCUGCACACGCCUUCUCUAGUUCUCUCCAGCUUACAGCUAGCUGCAGUGCAAGCAGCUGCUGAAUUCCCCCAUGAGCCUCUGCCUCCCUGCCUGCCCCCGUAUGUAGCAAGAACAAGAACACCAGCGAGUAACACAGGCUCGCUACAGUGGUACUAGAUUACCGCUUGUGCGGGCAUAGUGAUCGUCUAUAGUUGUGAAUUGCGAUGCAGCAGCAUAGGUGGUGAGCUGCUGCGGCUGCUGCUGCUGGUACGUAGAUGGAGGAUCUGUACAGCAUCCACCCGGGGAUCUCGCGGGUCGGCGGCGCGGCGAGCGAGGCGUCCGGCGUGGGCGUCGUCGUCGGCGGCGGCGGCGGGUCGUCGUCGUCGGAUCUGACGGAGCUCAUGAAGGCUCAGAUCGCCGGUCACCCGCGCUACCCGACCCUCCUCUCCGCCUACAUCGAGUGUCGCAAGGUGGGAGCGCCUCCGGAGGUGGCGUCGCUGCUGAAGGAGAUCGGCCGGGAGAGGCGCGCCGGCGGCGGCGGCGGCGGCGCCGGGCAGAUCGGCGUCGACCCCGAGCUCGACGAGUUCAUGGAGGCGUACUGCCGGGUGCUGGUGCGCUACAAGGAGGAGCUGUCCCGGCCGUUCGACGAGGCGGCGUCUUUCCUCAGCAGCAUCCAGACGCAGCUCAGCAACCUCUGCAGCGGCGCCACCUCGCCGCCGGCCACCACCGCCACGCACUCCGAUGAAAUGGUGGGGUCCUCCGACGAAGACCAGUGCUCGGGGGAGACUGAUAUGCUAGAUAUAGGGCAAGAGCAAAGCUCCCGCUUAGCUGACCACGAACUCAAGGAAAUGCUUCUGAAGAAGUACAGUGGCUGCCUCAGCCGGCUCCGGUCCGAGUUCCUGAAGAAGCGGAAGAAAGGGAAGCUACCAAAGGACGCACGGUCGGCACUGCUUGAAUGGUGGAACACACACUACCGCUGGCCAUAUCCCACGGAAGAAGAUAAGCUGAGGCUUGCAGCGAGGACAGGUCUUGACCCAAAGCAGAUCAACAAUUGGUUCAUCAACCAGAGGAAGAGGCACUGGAAGCCAUCGGACGGGAUGCGGUUCGCGCUCAUGGAGGGCGUGGCGGGUGGAUCGUCCGGGACGACGCUCUACUUCGACACUGGCACAAUUGGACCAUGAAUUCAUUUUUGAGCAAUGCCGCCUCUUGAGAAAAUUGGCCAUUUAGGCAGUAAUAGUAGGACAUGGUAUUUGGUGGUGAUUGUGUCUAGCUAUGAUCAAUCUUUCAGCAGGUCAGUGUUAUUCAGUUCAGGGUAAAGUAAUUGCCUCAUUGUUUUGGCAGAUCAUGUGUAUAUGGCAUCGUACCAAAUCAAAAUGUAUAAUCGUUAGGUAAUAUAUAUCUUGGGGAGACCUGAAAAGGCUGUUAUUAGUAGUUUCAUGUAAUGGCUCAACUCAAGGGUUGUGAGUAAUCUUUGUCCACACUGCGUACCCAGCUGGACUGUUAGAUAGGCCGAGGACUUGAAAAAGGUAAGUUUACCUGUACUAAAAUGUUUGCCUAUUAUUUUGUCUAUAUUUAUAAAUUCAUUUGUUCGGACUUCAUUUGUUU